AUGUCACAGAUCUAUUUGAAUUCCUCAAUGUUAAUGCAACUCAAUGCCACUGUGCAAGAUUACCUUUCUGAUUUGUUCCAGCACUACAUAAUUCCCGAGCAGAAUUUGAAUUACACGCAGAAGGUGCUCGGGUUUGGUACUACAACUGUACUGAUGGCUUUGGCUACUCUAUAUGUCGUUUACAAAUUUGGAUGGAACAAUACGUUGCAUCCCGUAAAGUUUCAAAUGCCGAUCCCAGAACAAGCUCAGAAGCAUUGGAAAGGUAAAAGAUUAUCCAAUCCAUCUCUUAGUGAUCCUCAGCAACGUAACUUUAUACAAUGUUAUUGUCCAGCCACCGGCCAAUUUCUGGGAACGUAUAAGUCAAUGGACAAGAACGAUAUAGAUGAAGUUAUCAAGAAGGCUGCAGACGGGCAGGAAAGUUGGUGCCAUACAUCGUUUGAGCAACGUAUCCAGGUCUUGUUGACGUUGCAUGAAUACAUCUUGGCAAACCAGGAAUCUCUGACUCGCGUAGCGUGCCGUGAUUCAGGUAAGACUAUGUUGGAUGCUUCCAUGGGAGAAAUUUUGGUAACGUUGGAGAAGUUGAAAUGGACUGUGACGCAUGGUGAAAAUAUCUUGAAACCUUCUAGGCGUCCGGGACCCACGAACUUCUUCAUGAAGUUAUACAAGGGUGCGGAAGUUCGUUAUGAGCCCUUAGGUGUCGUGGGUGCUAUUGUGUCCUGGAAUUAUUCUUUCCACAAUUUACUGGGUCCAAUCAUUGCAGCAAUUUUUGCAGGUAAUGGUAUAGUCGUUAAGUGCUCAGAACAAGUUGUUUGGUCCAGCGAAUUUUUUAUCUCCAUUGUAAAGGAAGCCCUCAGUGUAUGUGGUCACGAUCCAAACUUGGUACAGUUAUGUUACUGUUUUCCACCUAGUUCCGAAGACGACACUGCAAAUUAUUUUUCAGCACAUCCAGGUCUAAGGCAUCUGACCUUCAUUGGAAGCAGACCAGUCGCACUUCAUGUACUAGCCAAUGCUGCUAAAAGUUUGACCCCUGUUGUUGUUGAACUGGGAGGGAAGGAUGCAUUUAUUGUGUUGGACUCAGCUACUAAUCUUGAAUCUUUAUCCUCGAUUAUUAUGCGGGGAACGUUCCAAUCAGCUGGUCAGAACUGCAUUGGUAUUGAGAGAGUUAUUAUAUCAGAUCAAAAUUAUGACAAGAUGGUCAAAAUACUGGAAACCCGCAUUGCUACUUUGAGACUGGGCGCAGACAUAGACAACCUGGAGGAUAUUGAUAUGGGCGCGAUGAUCAACAAUAACAGAUUCGAAGAACUUGAAGCUUUGGUCCAGGAUGCGGUUAGUAAAGGCGGAAGGCUCUUGCAUGGUGGUUCGAAGUUUAAUCAUCCAAACUACCCACAGGGGAACUAUUUCCAACCUACACUACUUGUUGACGUUACACCUGAUAUGGAAAUAGCUCAAAAAGAGGUUUUUGGCCCCAUAAUGUCGGUUAUGAAGGCACGAGACACAGAAGAUUGUAUCCGCUUAGCUAACAGCGCUCCAUUUGGUUUAGGCGGUUCCGUAUUUGGCGAGGACUACGGUGAGUGUAAUUACGUUGCAGACAAGCUGCACACAGGCAACGUUGCAAUCAACGAUUUUGCUACCUUUUAUGUGUGCCAGCUGCCCUUCGGGGGUGUUGGAGGAUCAGGUUACGGUAGGUUUGGAGGUGAGGAAGGGCUGCGAGGUCUGUGCAACGCAAAAAGUGUCUGUUUCGACACUUUACCUAUGAUCUCCACGAAGAUCCCAGCCCCAUUAGACUAUCCAAUUAAGAGUACCAGUAGUGCUUGGAAAUUCGUUGAGAGCUUCAUCACCGGAGCUUAUACCAGAUCUACGUGGCAAAGAAUCAAAUCUAUAUUUACAUUAGCCAAGCAGGGUAAUUGA